CCUCGACCAUCCUCGCCCCUUCUCCUCCCCGCCCCUUUGGUCACCGUGCGCCCUCCUUCCUCGCUGGCCGCCUGCCCGUCUGCCAUCCAUGUCCCUCCCACCGAUGAAUUUCAAGCAGUUCAUGCACCGGUCGCGCGUGCUCUCCAUGUACCGCUCGAUGCUGCGUAUGACCAAGAAUCUGGAGCCGGCCACGCGCGACGAAACCCGGGCCUUUGUCCGUCGCGAGAUUGAGAUGACCCGCCGCGAGACCGACCCCCACCUCAUCCGGUACCACACGACGCAGCUUCGGCAAACCAUUCGCCAGAUCGAGAGCAUGGUCUCCCACGGGGGGACGCCCAAGUAGCCUGUGUACAUGGCCGUCCGCCGGCGCCCGACCCUCGGCCACCGCUCCCGGCGACAGUGCCCCUGGCAGAAAUAGACCCCAAAGAUCUUCCC